GUAUGGGUAUUCCUGGGUUUUUUCAGACAAACGGAGGUGUUAUCGUAGAUGUGUUUCUGAAGUUUCUUCAAAUUUCUUUUGUACAGAAAAGUGUUGAUUCACAGACAAUCCCACCUCGUUGACCAAAUUUGGAUAUUAAAAACAUUUUUUAUUGAAAGGUCAGAUGAUUGUUGCUGUCCAAUGAGUAAUAAUUAUCAGGAUUGAGCUUAAUUUCGUAAGCUAUCUAGUUUUCAAGUUCCACCAUGAAUAUAUUCGUCAAUUCAUUGAGGAUGUACCAUGUGAAAGCACUCCUUUUGGGCCUCAUCCUCCACGUGUUCUUAGCCGAAACCAAAGCUAACAUAAACGGAUGUCACUCAUCUCUUCUCAAAGACUGCAACUGCGGCAGGGUGUACAGAGAUCAGAGGACAUACUUCGUCGUGAACUGCACCAAUACCGGCUUCCAAGACACCUCCAUGUUGGAGGAGCUUCCGGAAGAGACUGAAUGGCUUGUUUUCACCGGAAACCACGUGCCGAUCCUCGACAGCAACGUCUUUGGUGAAGACGUCGUCUUGAACAACUUGGAAAUCAUAGAUAUGACAAACAACGGUAUAAGAGACAUCAGAGGAAAGGCUUUCCACCGUGUGAUGAACGUGAAAAGACUGAUUUUAAAUCACAACAAUAUAACGAUCUCAGAAAACGACGACGAAAACUUUCAUCAUCCAAGGGUCUUCUCCAACUUUUACAACUUGGAGGAACUGCACUUGACGAACGCUUUCGCUGACAACACUGACUCGGGGCUUGCCGAAGACCUGCACGACAUAUUCGUCAACAGCAAUUUGACCAAACUGUACAAACUUCACCUGGAACAGAACGAGAUCAAAAACUUCAAAGAUGAGUUUGUGUUUUGCGACCUUCCCAAUUUGCACGACAUAUAUUUGGGCAAUAAUAACAUCCCGAAUGUUAACUUCAACAUAAACUGCAUGAAGAGGCUGCGUUACAUCGAUUUGGAGCAGAAUAACAUAACCAAGUUCACCCAGAAAGACUUGGAUGCUUUUGAUAGGGCUGCUCAACGCCAUGAAGACGGUCUGACUUUAGAUCUUGAUGGCAACCCUUUCAGGUGCGAUGCAGCUGUGAAAAUAUUCUACGGAUGGUUAAUGAAAACCAAAGUCAUUAUCAGAAAUAAACGAACUCUUCAAUGUCAGCACUCUAGAUAUGGUACAAGAUAUAUCCUCAACUUAACAAAUUUCGCUGAGGCCAAACAUGCUAGGGUUUCUAGGGCCCUUACAAUACUCCUAGUUGUUCUUACUAUUGUGUUACUAAGUUUAGUUGCAGCUUUUGCUUAUCUGCGGAAAGAAGCUAUGAAGAAUAAGUUAUCACCAAUAUUCGACUCAAUAACUAGAAAAGUUCACUACACUCAUAUCGAAUCACAAGACGUUUAAGGCUUCAUCCUAUCUCAAUGUGUGAAGAAUUUUCAAUGUAACACACUUCGUCUCUCUUUGUGCCAUUAGACAAUAAGUGUAUUCGAAUACCAGGUACUUAUGAUGUUUCCAUACAUAACAUUCCAAACUAUUUCAUUCAAAAUGUAGACUUGGUAGUUCAAUUUAAUUCAACAAUAACAUUUAUUUAUUAUCUAAGUUAUAUUUCCAUAGUCUUUAUUUCCUUAUUGUAUAUUACACUUGUAAAUAAAUUACUCAAGAACUA